AUGUCGUUACCAGCAACCACGACCCCAACUAUCGGCGACAUCACCACCGUUGCCGCCAAUGCGCCUCUACCUCCCCCAACCUCGGCUCAUCCACUCGUACCAGCCCCCUUCCCCACCUCCUCCAACCCCGUAGUUCUGGCCGAACACCUCCGACAACAGCAGCGCGCCCACGCCGCCGAGGUUCAGAGGCUUACCCAGCGCGCCGAGGCCGCCGAGGCACGUGCCACGCUCGCCGCAAACCGUAUCAAGGCCACAUCGAGAAGGUACACGGAACAGCACACCGGUGGCCCUGGUACCAGCAUCCUCAUGGUUGGAGGCCAGCGCUUCACGGUACCGUACGAGCUGAUCGCGAGGUUCAAUUGGAUGAGGGGCGCAGUGAAAAAGGCGCUGGCGGCCGUAGAGGGGGGCACGCCCACAUUGAGGGACUUUGCAUUAGUUUAUGGGGUGGCCUUUGGGGAUGAGGAGAGCGACGGUGAGGGAAGGACGGGGAAGAGGAAGAGGGAGGAGAGCCCCAAUGAUGAUAAUGAGGGGUCUGAUGUGGCGGAAUGA